CAAACGAAGAAGAAAGGAAGCUUGAGUUAACAGUUGUAAGGCUGCAGUGCUACUUAACGGACAGGUGUUUGCCUCUUAACUUGAAAAUCAUACGCACAAUAUAUCCUGUUAUUAAUCUUUUGUUUUGCAGCCAAGCUUUAGCUAAGUUCAUACAGGGUAUGUACGAUAUAUCUGUGUAACUAGCUGACCUAGCGGACUAGUUAGCGGGGGAUAUUGCUAGCUAACGACGUCAUCGGCAUCAAAAGCUGCAUUGAGCUGACAAAGGUGUGCAACUGUUCCCGUGUCGCAGGUGAAACCAGCGGCAGUGCUAAGGAUGAACGUCGCCAAAAGUGGUUACCGCGUGUUUUCCGCAAACUCCUCCGCAGCAUGCACAGAAUUGGCCAAGAAGAUAACAGAGCGGCUGGGAGUUGAACUGGGGAAGUCUGUGGUCUUUCAGGAAUCAAACCGAGAAACCAGAGUGGAUGUGAAAGAAUCAGUUCGUGGACAGACUAUCUUCAUCAUCCAGACCAUACCACGAGAUGUCAACACAGCCAUCAUGGAGCUGCUGGUGAUGGCCUACGCCCUCAAGACGUCUUGUGCAAAGAACAUCAUCGGCGUCAUUCCCUACUUUCCCUAUAGCAAACAGUGCAAGAUGAGGAAGCGGGGCUCAAUUGUUAGCAAGUUGUUAGCUUCGAUGCUAGCUAAAGCAGGAAUAACACACAUCAUCACCAUGGACUUGCAUCAGAAGGAGAUCCAGGGCUUCUUCAGCUUUCCUGUGGACAACUUGCGUGCCUCUCCUUUUUUGAUUCAGUACAUCCAAGAAGAGAUUCCUGAUUACAGAAAUGCCAUCAUUGUGGCAAAGUCGCCAUCAGCAGCUAAGAGGGCUCAGUCGUAUGCAGAGCGCCUUCGUUUGGGUCUGGCUGUGAUUCACGGCGAGGCUCAGUGUUCAGAGUCAGACAUGGCCGACGGGCGACACUCUCCACCGUGUGUACGCAACACCACAGGACACACGGGCCUGGAGCUGCCUCUGAUGAUGGCCAAGGAGAAACCGCCCAUCACUGUUGUCGGAGAUGUAGGGGGGAGAAUUGCCAUCAUCGUGGAUGACAUAAUCGAUGAUGUCGGAGACUUUGUUGCGGCCGCGGAGAUCCUGAAAGAGAGAGGAGCUUAUAAAAUUUAUAUCAUGGCCACACACGGCUUACUGUCUGCUGACGCUCCACGUCUCAUAGAGGAAUCUGCCAUCGAUGAGGUGGUGGUGACGAACACAGUCCCCCAUGAAGUCCAGAAGCUCCAGUGUCCCAAAAUCAAGACGGUGGACGUCAGCAUGAUUUUGGCCGAAGCCAUCCGCCGCAUCCACAACGGAGAGUCCAUGGCCUACUUGUUCCGCAACAUCACCACAGAUGACUAGAGAGAGAGAGAGAGAGAGAGAGAGAGUGAGUGAGAGCUGAGGUGGGUUCAGGAGAGCAGGUGCACUUUCUCCGAGUGCUGUUAAAAACAUGCUAACAUCAUGUUCCACGUUACGUUAUGUGUAUGAGGAUUACAUGUGUCCUCAUUCAUUGAAAGAAACUCCAAAUGAUCCAAAGUUAUUUAAACUACCGAUUCUCUAUCUUUAACAUCAGAUGAAACAUUGCUUUGUAUACCACUCUGGUACCUCACACCUAUGUAGUGAACCUCAGCUGCAAAGUAGAAAAAAAGAGUCUGUAGAAAAACGACUGUUUGCUUUACCAAACAUGUUCCAGACGCUCAACUGGCCCUCUUAAUCCCCGUUGUGCAGCACUCCUCUGAUUUCUUUGCAUUUUACUAGAUGUGUCGGUAUAAAUCACAUCAACAUGACUGGAAGAAAAUCUCAUCAGUGCCCAAACUUUAUUUUUCUUUUGCAGCUUUUUUUGCACCAAUUCUGGGAAUGUUUGGUGUGACCUAAGACGUUUAACCGUCUGCAGAAAUGUAUGGAUUAUUAUUGUUUACCGUCGUUUAACUUAAUUAAAGCAUAUAUAUCUCAUCCUCAGUAGUACCUAGCUAAAAUGAAAGCUUAGUUUAACUCCUGCUGUUUAAAAAUACAUCGGCCUCUGAGAUUCCCGCUGCAACUCGAGAACAAUAGGGCUUAAUGUAAUGAAACGUUCUGCUCAAAGCAUCCGUUUACUUCAAAGAAGAAUAUAAAAUGAAAAGCUCAGCAGGUUUCACUGUGAGACCCACGAAUAAUCAAGAGAUACUAAGUGUGAAGUGGUAUGAGCUCAUAAUUAGGCUUUUAUUUUGAUGAGGUCACACUUUAGUACACUCUCUUGGUGAAGGCAUUUGGACUGAAGCCCACAUGAACUCAUGGAAGAGGCAGCUUUAAAUGCACCGUCUGCGGGAAGUCUCCGUCAUACCAGCAGUAGAUUGAGCGUAACCACUUCACUUUACAGCUGUGUCAGAAACUGUAUACUUACCUUUCUGUAUACUUUCAUACUAUUUAUUUAUACUAAGUAUGAAGUCGUGUUGAUUAUGUCGUGCAUUCUGGAUUCAGAGUAUGCAAACGUGUGAAUGUGAGAAACUCCUGGAUGUGUGCAAGAUUAUUCAUAUUUCUUUUAGUAUGAUGAUAGCUCACUCACUUGUCUUGACCCAACUAUCCCACAAUGCUUUGCAGCUUUUCAGACUAUCCAAUAGCAAAACUAACCUCAGGGUUAGCAUGCAGUUCAUGCUGUUUGAGUAUGUAGCAGGCAGUAUGUUAGCAUGUGGUUUCAGACACAGCGUGUACCAACAAGCUGAUGGUUUCUAUGACAACACAAUACAUAUAAAUUACAUUAAAAACUAAGGAGCCUGCUAUUUAAAAAAACAACUGACAAAAAUGUGUGAAAAAUCCUUCUGAUCUGCUACUUGAACCCCCGUGUUGGGAAAUAAAUACACUCAUCAAUGAUAUUUUUGAGACUGUUUCAGAUGCAUUAAGGAUACAAGUUCUCUUUCUGCUCUCUAAGUUGUGGCUCCUCUUGUGUUUGACUAAACUUCAUGAGGUUUUCUUAUUGUGCUUUACAAAGAAUCCUGAGUAGUAUACCAGCACCUGUAUGCACCAUGUGUGUGGACUUUGAUUAAACUUGUGGUUUCCUGGAAGAAAGACGAGACGUUUGCUAAAAUAACUCAGCAGUCCUUAAAAAUAUGUGCUUUUUUUUUGUUUUUGUUUAGCAAAUUGGCAAUAAAAGAGUCGUGUCAGAACUUCA